AUGGCUGAUAUUGUUGUGGAGGAAAGAAAACAGAAUCAUUUGGGAAGUGAAGAUCCACAGCAGAAACUCCCAUCACUGAUCAAAGCUAUUGCUGCAAAUGAGGUUUCUGGUUUUGAUAGUGUUGAUGGGCACAAUAAUAAUGACCACAAGUCCCCACUCAAUUCAACUGCUUUUCAUCCCAAAACCUCAAUAUUUGGGAUGGAGGCAGCUGCAGGCACGAAAAAUGAGGAAAAUCACUCUAAUCAUCAAAGGAAGCAUUCAGUCUCAAUCAGCAUGCCUCCUUCUCCCAUUAAUGAAGCUCACGUAAAGAGCACAAACAGAGUCAUGUUUAGAGACGGCGAGACAAUUUUAGGAGGCGAUGUUCCAAAUUCUGAUGAUGCGGCACAUUCGGAAAAUGGCGAUGGCUCGAAAAAUAAGCCACGGUUUUAUUCUCAGCCGAUGUCCAUGCCAAAAAGCUCGGCUCUUGAUGGUCCGUCCGAUCAGCUUCCGGCGAGGAAUCCGACAAUCGAUCGGCUGCAGGAUAAGAGGUUCGACUCUUUCAAGACAUGGUCUGGAAAACUCGAGAAGCAGAUAUCGAACUUGCGUGGGGUAAGACACCGGGAAGACGAGCAGGAGCCUGGAAAUGAUCGUCAGCACCCGGAAAUCAAUUUGCCCGUGGAUCGGUACUUUGAUGCGUUGGAAGGACCCGAGCUGGAUACACUGCGGGCUUCCGAAGAAUUACUCCUCCCAGAAGACAAGACGUGGCCUUUUCUCCUACGCUUUCCGAUCUCCUCGUUCGGUAUCUGCUUAGGCGUGAGCAGCCAAGCCAUCAUGUGGAAAACCCUAGCAACCUCGAACUCUACAAAAUUCCUCCACGUUACCCCUGACAUAAACCUCGUACUCUGGUUCAUAUCCCUUGCCCUCGUACUCACUGUGACAGUAUUGUACAGCCUCAAAAUAGUAUUAUACUUCGAGGCUGUACGACGCGAAUAUUACCACCCGAUACGUGUCAACUUCUUUUUCGCGCCAUUUAUUGCCCUUCUUUUCUUGGCUUUGGGAGUACCACCAUCGAUAGCCAAAACCCUGCAUGCAUCUUUGUGGUACGUGCUCAUGACACCGUUUUUUAUUCUCGAGAUCAAAAUAUACGGGCAGUGGAUGUCCGGCGGGCAGAGGCGGCUCUCAAAGGUGGCAAACCCAUCCAAUCAUCUUUCGGUGGUGGGGAAUUUUGUCGGGGCUCUACUUGGAGCGUCAAUGGGUCUGAAAGAAGGGCCCAUUUUCUUUUUCGCGGUUGGGCUGGCCCAUUACAUUGUGCUGUUUGUGACACUCUACCAGAGACUGCCGACAAACGAGACGCUCCCAAAGGAGCUCCACCCGGUUUUCUUUCUGUUUGUGGCUGCACCGAGCGUAGCCUCCAUGGCAUGGGCAAGGAUUCAGGGCUCGUUCGAUUACGGGUCAAGGAUCGCAUACUUCAUUGCGUUGUUCCUUUAUUUUUCGCUGGCCGUUCGAGUUAAUUUCUUCAGAGGAUUCAGAUUCUCACUGGCUUGGUGGGCCUACACGUUCCCCAUGACAGGAGCCGCCAUUGCCACCAUCAGAUACUCGGAUGUGGUCAUGAGUACUGUGACCAAAACCCUAACCAUCAUCCUCUGCAUCCUGUCCACACUUACAGUAUCAGGACUGCUCGUGACCACUAUUAUUCACGCCUUUGUCCUGCGGGACCUAUUUCCGAAUGACAUAGCCAUUGCAAUCAGCGAGAGGAGGCCCAAGAAGACAACGAGAUGGUACCACAGGAGGUCCGGCAGCUCGGAAUCCAACAUCGAGCAGUAUCUCAAGUUUUCAAAUUCAGUCGACAAGGACAUAGAGGCCUGUGAAAAUAACCCCGUGAGUCCUGACGGACAAGACUUGCCGUGUCCUGCUAAGAAUGAUGCAAAGGUUUUAAAAAGCUGA